AUGGCAGCUAGACAGCAGCAGAAAGGAACAGGCUCGGGGAUCCAAUACGAGGAUCUUGUCCCCAAAUCCGAAUGGAAAGAUCAACCUGAAGCCACUCUUCUCACCAUUGAUCUUCCAGGUUUUACAAAGGAGCAAAUAAAGGUAACGUAUGUGCACACCUCGAAGAUGAUAAGAGUCACCGGACAACGUCCCCUGACUGAUCGGAGAUGGAGCCGUUUCAACGAGGUCUUCACUGUCCCACAGAAUUGUCUAGUGGAUAAGAUCCAUGGGAGCUUCAAGAACAACGUCCUCAUCAUCACCAUGCCUAAGGAGACGAUCACGAAGAUGCCUUAUCUUCCAGAACCUUCUAAAACUGUGGCUGAGAAGGUGGAGAAGUUAGAGGAGAAGAGGUUGUUGGAAGAAUAUAGAACGAAAGAGAAGGCUCUGGAAGAGGCUGAGAGGAAGAAGAAGCUCCUAGAAGAGGCUGAGAAGAAGCAGAAGCUUCUUGAAGAGAAAGAGGGACUAAUUAGGAAGCUGCAAGAAGAAGCUAAAGCAAAAGAGAUGGCUGAGGCGAGGAAGCUGCAAGAAGAAGCUAAAGCCAAAGAGAUGGCUGAGGCGAGGAAGCUGCAAGAAGAAGCUAAAGCAAAAGAGAUGGCUGUGGCAAGGAAGCUUCAAGAAGAAGCUAGAGCAAAAGAGAAGCUUGUGGAAGAAGCUAGACUAGAGAAGAAGAUCCAGGAGAGGAAGUUGGUGAAUGAAUCUGGUGGAAAAGAGAAGAUACUUAAGCCAGAAGAGAGGAAACUUCCGGAAGCGGUGUAUACAAAAUCCGGGGCCGGGGCUGGGACUAAAUCCGUGUCUGAAAAAGUAGGUGAGGUAGUGAAAUCAGCAGAAGAAAAAAUAGGUUACAUGGUGGAGAAAGAAAAGAAAAGAGGGAAAGGUAUAAUGGAGAAAAUCAGGGGAAAAGAGAUAACAAGUGAAGAGAAGAAGUUGAUGGUGAAUGUUGGAGUGGCUGCUCUCGUUAUCUUUGCUCUUGGAGCUUAUGUUUCUUAUACCUUUUGCUCUUCUUCUUCCUCUUCUUCCUCUUCAUCUUCUUCGUCCCCUUCUUCUUCAUCAUCUUCUGCAAAACCAGAAUGA